AUGCACAAAAGGGAAAGAUGUUCGACGAAGCUGUAUCAAGUGGAGAAGAAUGAGAAGGCCUGGAUUGGGAAUCUGAAAGUUAAAUCACUAAGACGGGUUCCCUCUCUCCACGAAAGUUUACCUGCGCCUGCUAUACUUGGACUUGGUGAACGAGUUUGUGUCCAGGUGUUAAAUGGUGUUGAAAACUUCAGAAGGUGGCGUUUACUUAUCUUCACCUUGCUGUUCUCUCUAUCAUCCUCGAAAAACCAUGGUGCACCAAUGGGUCCACAUAAACACUGUGAUGAUGGAGAGUCAGAUAUCUCAAUAGACUGGGACCCCGAAUCAACUACGGAAUACACCUGUACUGGGGAUCGUGUUGAACCCGAUCUGAAUUAUGUACCCUCUGAAGAAUGUGAUAAAGAUCCUGAAGCGGCGUUCCACGAAUGUUAUCCACGUAGAAUAACUUAUAAUGGUAUACCAACCAGCGGCAUGCAUCGUCCCGUGUGGGCUGCAUAUGGUGAAUACAAAUACUGCCCUCCUCAACGUUGGUUGCAUAACUUAGAGCAUUCGGCUAUUGUGAUGCUAUACCAUCCUUGUGUCAACGAAACUGAAGCAAAUCCAUUGAAAAAGUUACUGAGUCGAUGUGUCAGGCGUCAUUUAAUAACUCCAUCCAAACUUCUGAACAUAUCAAGGCCAUUUGCCUUGUUGACUUGGGGAUGUAAACUGAUCAUGUCGACUGUAAAUUUGACACUUGCUGAAAAAUACAUUAGGGAUCAUGCUCGGGAUGGACCAGAACUUAAAACAUAUAGUAGUGGCCGAUACAAUGUAGGAUUGAUAAAUUCAGCCAGCACACCGAGAGGUUCCGACUAUCACGAUUCCCUCAUAUGUCCCAAGGCAGGAAAGGAAUACCAAGAAUAUAAAGAAAAGGAAAAGAAAACUGUGAGGAAUAGACGAGCAAUUCAGAAACGAUUGGACGAAACAGCCUUCAUGGCAGAGGCUUUGUUAGAAGAAGCUGAAAAUAAAGCCUACCUAGUUACAAGAUGAACCUGAAUUUGUAAAAUAAAAUAUUGAGGGCG